UUCAGAAAAAGAGAUGGAGAAGAAGAAAUUGGAGAAAAGCUACUUCGAUGUUUUAGGUUUAUGUUGUUCGUCGGAGGUGCCUCUGAUCGAGAAGAUUCUGAGACCUAUCGUAGGUGUUCAUGAGGUUUCCGUUAUUGUUACGUCCAGAACCGUCAUUGUUGUUCAUGAUCCCCUCCUCGUCUCCCAGCUUCAAAUUGUUAAGGCACUAAACCAAGCUCGAUUGGAAGCAAAUGUGAGAGUCAAAGGAGAUGGAAACUAUCGGAACAAGUGGCCAAGCCCCUUUGCAGUGGCUUGUGGAGUAUUGCUUUUGUUAUCAUUUUUGAGUUAUGUUUUUUCACCAUUUAAAUGGCUAGCGCUUGGAGCUGUUGCAGUCGGUAUUAUUCCCAUGAUUUUGAAAUCCAUUGCAUCGUUACGCAAUCUCAGACUUGAUGUGAACACCCUCAUGCUCAUUGCAGUUGGGGGUUCAAUAUUUCUUAAGGAUUACUGGGAAGCUGGCACCAUUGUGUUCUUAUUCACUACAGCAGAAUGGCUCGAGUCAAGGGCAGCCCAUAAGGCCACUGCUGUGAUGUCAUCGUUAAUGAACAUGGCUCCUCAAAAAGCUGUGUUGGCCAGCAAUGGUGACGAAGUUAAUGCUAGCGGAGUCAUGGUUAACACGAAGCUCGCUGUUAAGGCCGGAGAUAUUAUUCCAAUUGAUGGUAUUGUUGUAGAAGGGAGAUGUGAAGUCGAUGAGAAAGCUCUAACCGGAGAGUCAUUUCCUGUAGCAAAACAAGUAGAUUCCACUGUUUGGGCUGGCACAAUCAAUCUAAAUGGUUACAUUAGCAUUAACACUACUGUCCUAGCAGAAGAUUGUGUAGUAGCAAGAAUGGCAAAGCUUGUUGAAGAAGCACAAAAUAAUAAAUGUAAAACUCAGAGAUAUAUGGAUGAAUGUGCCAAAUACUAUACCCCAGCUGUUGUUAUCGUAGCAACUUGCUUGGCUGUGAUACCAGCUGCAAUGAGACUUCACAACUUACAGAAAUGGUAUCAUUUGGCUUUAGUAGUUCUGGUGAGUGCAUGCCCAUGUGCGCUCAUACUCUCCACACCCGUCGCUACAUUUUGUGCACUAUCAAAGGCAGCUACAACCGGACUUCUGAUCAAAGGUGCGGACUACCUAGAAACGCUUUCUAAAGUUAAAGUGUUUGCCUUUGACAAAACGGGCACGAUUACUAGAGGAGAGUUCUCAGUUUCAAACUUCAAUUCACUCAUAGAUGGCAUCAGUCUAGACAAACUGCUAUACUGGGUUUCAAGCAUCGAGAGCAAGGCUAGCCAUCCCAUGGCUGCAGCACUUAUAGACUAUGCACAGUCACACUCAGUCAAACCACAACCAGAAAAGGUUGAUGAAUUUGACAAUUUUCCAGGAGAAGGGAUUUACGGGAAAAUUGAAGGAAAAAAUGUUUACAUUGGGAACAAGAAGAUUGCGAUUAGAGCAGGCUGUUCAGCAGGUGAAGAUGUUCACCAUGAAAGUGUGGAUGGAAAGUCAAAUGGGUACAUAUUUGAGGGCUCUUCCCUUGCCGGAGUGUUCAGUCUCUCUGAUGCAUGUCGAACUGGUGCAAAGGAAGCACUCAAAGAACUCCAAUCAAUGGGUAUUAAAACAGCCAUGCUUACAGGAGAUUGUCAAGCUGCAACCAAUCAUGCACAAAAUCAGUUAGGGGGUGCAAUAGAUAUUGUGCACGCAGAACUUCUACCUCAAGAUAAAGCUCGAAUCAUUAAAGAUUUUCAGAUGGUAGCUCCAACAGCAAUGGUAGGAGAUGGGAUCAAUGAUGCACCUGCUUUAGCCACCGCAGAUAUUGGGAUCUCGAUGGGGAUCUCGGGAUCAUCACUUGCUACUGAGACUGGGCACGUGAUUCUGAUGUCCAAUGACAUCCGCAAGAUUCCAAUAGCAGUGAGAAUCGCAAGACAAACCCGAAGAAAGAUAUUUGAAAAUAUUUUUCUGGCUAUUGUUACCAAGGCUGCUAUAAUUGCCUUGGCUCUUGCUGGCCAUCCAUUAGUCUGGGCAGCAGUUCUAGCAGAUGUUGGGACCUGCUUGGUAGUGAUUCUUAACAGCAUGCUUCUGCUAAGAGCUACAACGGUCUCAAAAAGCGCAAAAAAACAUCCGUGUUCACAACAUAAGCAUAAGCAUUGCCAUUCAUCUCACAAGCAUGUCAAUUGCUCGUCUGAUAAGCAUGAUACCGGAAAUUGUCAUUCCAAGAAGUGUUCAGAUGUUGGCAAAAAACGAGAUUGCUGUGCUCACCACGAUCACUUGCAUGAGGUCAGUAAGACAGUGCAAGAAGCAGAAGAGCAUCACGGUUGUUGUCAACAGGUUGAUCAUGGACAUGAGGUGAAGCUCUGUGUACAACCAAAAGACGAUUGUUCUGCUCAUGAUGAUGAAGACGUACAUGUGGUAAAGCACUUGGUACAAGACAUAGGAAGCAAACAUAGUUGUUCUGCUCAUUCUGAUGAUGAGGACGUCCAUGAGGUGAAGCACAUGGUACAACAAAAGGAAAGCAGCCAUGGUUGUUGUGCUCAUUCUGACGAUAAGGACGUCCACGAGGUCAAUCACAUGGUUCAACAAAAAGAAGGUAGUAGCCAUGGUUGUUGUGCCCAUGUGGAUGAGGUACAUGAGGUCAAGCACAAGGAAGAAGGAAACGGAAACCAUGGCUGUUGCGGUCAUGAUGAGUCACAUGCUGCUGAUGAAAAUGACAACUUUGAAAUACACGAGGCAAAGCACAGUGUACAAGCGACUGAAAUCAAGCAUGGUUGUUGUGGUCAUCACGACUCAGAUAUGGAAUCACAUAUUAAAAGAAGUCAUAGUUGUGGGAAUGGGUUUAAGAAGCAUGGGAACGACUUUCUUAACCAAAUAAUCCACAAGAAAAGCCACUCGAACCAUGAAACAUGUAGCGAUACGAGCCAUAUCUGUAAGGAUGAUCAUCACCAUCGCCAUGUAAAAGAGUACAUCAGUGAAGAGGAGUUGGGGAAAAUGGUAAGACAUUGUUGCCAGAACCAUGGCUUGGAGAAGAGGAAUGUAGGUGGGUGUUGCAAGAGCUUCAGAAAGGAAUGUUGUGGGCACCAAAAGUUUGGAGUUGGAUUCAAUGGAGAGGGAGGCUUAUCAGAAAUAGUGAUUGAAUGAAUAUGCAUGUAAUCUCUACAGGUUCCAAAAAUGCCCAAUUUUAUUGGCUUUGGCUUAUCUAAUUCAAAAAUGGUAGAAGUUAUUGAC